CGCAGAGUGGGAAGAUGUUCAUCACUAGAAUUUUCCUAGUUUGAGAAGGUAAAGAAGAUUAAUAUUUUAACAAUAAAGUCACCCAGAGACAUUCAGGUUAAGUUAGAAGUGAAGGUAAAGACGAGUGAAGCAGCCGAUUUUCUUACGAAAAGCAUUAAACUUUCACAUCCGCAGGUUUGUUUACUUUGCUUUUGAAUGUGUUUUAAAUUAAUUCAAAAUGAAGACUACAGAGUCGCAGAGACGUUCUGCUGUAGAGACAGACGGAUCUCAGACGCUUCAGAGCAAAGAUGGAAUCCAUCUUUUUUCUCUUCCUGCUGGCGGUGGGUUGUUGUUUGGCUGCGGGUCUGACGAGAGAAUAUAUUUUAAUUGGCACUGGUUUACCGUGGAAUGAUGCUCAGGCGUAUUGCAGACUCAAAUACAAGGAUCUGGCCACCAUCAGCACCAUGGAGGAAAACAAUCAAUUUCUUUCUGCAUGUAAUUAUUAUAUUAGUUGGAUUGGUCUUCACAAAACAUCAGGCACCUGGGAAUGGUCUGAUGGAGAAAAGACUUCUCUCUUUAACUGGUAUGAUAAUUAUCCUAAAGAUGACUGUGCUGUCGGUUCAUCUUAUUUUCAGUAUAGUUCCUAUCAAGGUAAAUGGAUUACCUACUCCUGCACAACCCCACUGACUUUCUGCUGCUAUCAGUUCCUGGUCCUGGUGAAGGAGAAGAAGACCUGGGAAGAAGCUCAGGAGUUCUGUGAGUCUCAUUACACAGGUUUGGCCUCUGUGACCUCCAGGUGGACACUGCAGCAGCUUAUACUAGAGUCAGUGAGGACCGAGACGGAGAGCGUGUGGACCGGCCUGCGCUUCGUGAAUGGACAAUGGAUCUGGAUGAGUGAAGAACAGGCAUGGAGUCAGACAUUUUUUCUGGUGCAGAGUUCGGCGCAGAGUUCGGCGCAGAGCCUGGCUUCAAUGCCUUCAUGUCCAGCUCUAUCUUAUCGCUGUGGAGCUCUCAACACCAAGACAAAAACCUUCAACAACCAGAACUGCAAUGAGAAGCUGAACUUCAUCUGCUACUGGACGUGAUUUUACACAAGUACACAUCUCCUUCAGGAGGAUUAUACUGUAUACUGCAUCACCCAAUAAAAUCCUUUAUUACUGAUUGUUUUUUAGCUUUCUUUACUAAUGAUUAAUUGGGUUUAGGUUCUGUUAGAGGAACUGAACAGCUGAGGAGGUUAUUUGUUGGUGGAGGGUCAGAGUUCAUAAUAAUGAAGAAAUUUACACACAUUAUAAAGUUUAUUACACCACAGUGAUGUAGAAAUCUGGACUGUGAUUGGUCAGCUGAUGUUGACAAUAGUGCAGCUGAACAUCACAGAUUUAUAUCAAUGUCCUAAAAUAAGUUAUUGUUUCUAUAGUAACAGUUAAUUCACAGGGACUUAUAAUAAACAAAUUAAAUAACAUCCUCGAUUAAACAUUUAGAUAUCAUGUCCCUGACCAGUUUAAGCUGUCAAUGAUUUUCCUGAAUGCCAGUGUCUUGUUUAAAGUGUAAAUGAUGUAGUUCUGAAUGUUUUUAUUUGUUUUUGUAUAUAGUUUGUAUUUCUUAUGUCUUGUUUUUUCCUAAUAUUGUCACUUAUAAUAUUUUUCUAAAUCGAUAUAUCUUUAAUUAUAAAUUCCUACUUAGAAUUAAAAGAAAUCGUUUGAAUCAAUGUACAAUACCACCCUCUCGUGGACAUGCCAUAUAUUACAGCUGGAAAAUUUGCCACUAAUGUUAGAUAAUCUUAUGUGAUAUAUUUAUUUAGACAUUUCUGUUAUCUGUUUAUGGAAAAAUAGAGAUUUUCUUUCAAACAAUUAGCUUAUGUUAAUGUUAAUUUAAUUUAAUCCUUUAAUGUUAUAUAACCUUUAACGAAUAUAUAUUUUUAUUGAAAAUGUCAGCUGGACAUGAAGAAGAAGCCAGCUGAGAUAAAACCAACAUGCAGAGAAUCAUUUAAUAAAAAUCAAGAACUAUAAAUGAAUAUUUUUUCUACUGUAUUUUUAUCUGUUAUUCCCCAUCACACUUUUAUAUACUGAAAAUAUUUUCUGUAAAUUAAGAAUUGAAUAUGACUUUCUGUACAUCAGGAUAUUCCUUCAGGGUGUAGUAAAAAAAAUAAUCACUACUGUGGCUAAAACUCAGCAGUUUAUGUGUCGGUAUGUGAUCUGUGUCCUGACUUCGUCUCUUUGAAUGUGUUUGUGUAUGUUGCCAUGUCUCCAAAAAACCAGCACAUGUCACUUAAGACGGCUUUUCGCACAGAUUUUUCAAAACGAAAUAAAAUUCCAUCCAUUAAUUUAUUCUUUAAUUUAAUGUCACGCAAUUAGAUGAACAUUAUU